UUAUGUGUUUUUUUUUGUAUUUCUCACUUUACAGGUAUUGAUGGUUACUUUCCGGGUAUUUAAAAAUGUAAAAUGGUCAUCUAGAUAUUUAAUAAUUAUCUGUAUCUUCAUUGUCAUCAUUUAUUAUGAUAGUCAAGACGACUUUUUAUUGAGCAAAGUUUUUACCGAUUAUCCAGAUCAAACGUGGAAUAUUACCAUGCGCAAUUUUUCUCUAUUUAAAUCGGAGAUUCGGUUUACGGCGGUGCCUUCCACUGAUUUAUUUCUAACAAAUAUGCUAAAAAAUGAUGAAAGAGAUUGUUGUGCCGGAAAUUGUACAUCCAUAUACAUUUUAGCACUGAUAAUUUCCUCAUGGAACAAUUUUAGAAUUCGCGAAGUCAUCAGAGACACCUGGGAAUUUAAUGGCAAUAUAUCCGUAAAGAAUAGAACCCAUUAUUUAAGGCACGUUUUUAUUGUUGGUCAGGCCCCUUACAACUCUUCUUUAUCUGAACAAGAAAAUAUUUCAUCACAAUUAAAGUUGGAAUCGGAAAUCGGGUUAUUCCAAGACAUUUUGAAGAUCAACAUCAUGGAUACUUAUGCUAAUUUAACUUACAAAACAAUGUCUGGCAUCACGUUCGCCCUAAUGCGUGGCAUUCAAAAUAAGAUUUCUCCCUUAUUUAAAUCGUCCUGCUUCAAAAGGUAUUUGCUAAAAAUUGAUGACGAUACUUUGCCAAAUCUUGCCUCCUUGAUCGAAACCUUACUAAAUUACCAUGAAAAUUUAAGUAUACCUAACCUAUCCAUGUCUCAACAAGCCUCAAUCACUUCCCCGGUUUUUAUAUGCAAUGUCGUUCAGCACUGGCUUCCUGUAAGGAAUUCUAGGCAGAAAAACUUCCUGUCCAGCUUAGAUUACCCGCCCAGAGAACUGCCCCCAUUUUGUCCCGGUUCAGCUUACCUUUUAAGUUAUCAUUUACCUACUUUGGAAGAUAUGUGCAUUAUGUCGCGAUUUACAAAUUACAUAGCUAAUGAGGACGUUUAUGUAACUGGACUGCUGUCUCAGCUGCUCAAUAUAUCUAUGGUUAACAUAGGGCAUGCCUAUUAUACCGGUAACUAUCCAGUUAACAUAUCUAGAAUGCUAGAUUAUAGAAAAUACAUAUUUAUGACGCACAUUCAUGAGACAAAUGUUUUUAUCGAUUUAUGGAAUCGCACAGUACCAGAAAUACACAGGACAUAUCUCGAGUUGUGAUAUGAAAUCAGUGGGGAUUAAGAAUCUUUUGAUUUUAAAUCAAUUUUCGUAGGCCAUUUUUAAAAUUUUUAAUUUUAUUCCAGCACGGGUAGAGUACUUACCCUAUAAAUAUCAGACAAUUUUCGAUAUAAAUUUAGUUGUUUGAAAUUAACAACAGUAAGCGAACUCUAUUAGAUACUGAAAUACAUAUUGUGCGUCAAAUCAAAUUUUUUAGAAUUUAUGGCCUUUAACAACUUAUUUAAGAUCGAAAGACAUCCCAAUACGACAUAUAUGCCAAUAUAUACACUUGAUGUUGAAUAUGAAUAGUAUAUAUAUAUAUAUAAAUAUUGAAACAUUUUGCCUUAAAUUAUUAUAUACAUCAUUAAUUACAAAAUAAAAAAUAAAAUUUACACUAGCCACUCACAGAGG